AGGGAGCAGCAUGUCCGCGGAGGUCCCCGAGGCGGCGUCGGCCGAGGAGCAGAAGGAAAUGGAAGAUAAAGUGACUAGUCCAGAGAAAGCUGAAGAAGCAAAAUUAAAAGCCCGGUACCCUCACCUGGGGCAGAAACCUGGCGGCUCUGAUUUUUUAAGAAAAAGAUUACAGAAAGGGCAAAAGUAUUUUGAUUCUGGGGAUUACAACAUGGCUAAAGCCAAGAUGAAGAACAAGCAACUUCCUGCAGCGGCCCCCGAUAAGACAGAGGUCACCGGCGACCACAUCCCCACCCCACAGGACCUUCCUCAGCGGAAGCCUUCCCUUGUGGCUAGCAAGCUGGCGGGCUGAUUAAAAGAGCUGAACUGCAUGAGCCUUCAAAUUCCCAUUAUUUCUCCUUACUAUACUUAACCCACUUUCUGUUUUCUUUCAUUCACCAAGUCAUGUGAGACUGACAGCUUUGCAGGUAGCGGUAGUGUGUGCUGCUAUUACAAGGGAAUAUACAUGUGUAGAGGUUUUGGUUAAUUUAACAGUGCACUGAUGAAAAGGACAUGUUAGAGCAACAUACGUAAUCUACUUGAACAUAAUUGUAUAUAUUAACCUAACUCAGUGUAGGACUGGUUCCAGCAAGUAACAAGUUUUAUGGUUUUACUGUUUUGGCUUUCCUUACUUCAUCGUAAUUAUAGCUUUGUAUGUCAUUCUUAUUUAAUAUAACCUCUGUUGUAUUGAUUUCUUCUAUAUUUUCCUCUUGGAUUUUGUAAAACAGAAGUUUAAGACCACAAGUUGGAAGAAAAUCACAUAAUUCAAACACAAGUAGAUGGGCUCCAAAAGAUUUGAACAACUGCUUGAACUUGAAUGGCCUUAAACCUGUUUCAGCUUUAACAAUAGAAUUUUACUUGGGCAAUAUUUGCCCAAUCUGGUGUAAUUUGUGUGACUUCAGUGCUUAACAGCUGUGUUGAUGCCAGUUCUCUUCAGUUCUGUAGUGUUAAGAUGCCUUCCUUGUCAAAGAUGUGAAUGACGUGUGCAUGUGCACUGACUGUUGCAUUCACUUUUGUGCCAUUUUUGUAAAUACAAUAGUUUUGCACAA